UGAAUUCCUGCGCUGUGCAUCCUCUUCGCCACGACCCUCGCUGUGUUCGAGAUAAGACGCUCCUUCUUCGCGAGCACCAUGAACCAUGUCAAAAGAAUCAUGGUCAAUUACGAGCACCAAGCGAAAGGCAAAAUCAGCAACACCGGCACCACGAAAGCGGCAGCGAUUCAGUGACGUCGGGAAUACACGUAGGAGGAGUCAACAGACACUCACACAAGCACAAUGGAUGACGCCGACUGCUACGAGCUUCGAUGAAGAUGACAUGCAAUUUCAGGAAUACAAGCGCCCACGGACGGUUUCUGCGGGAAGAACCACCUUGAAGAGGGGGGAUUCAACCUUGACUCAAAUGGAUUUCUUUAGCUUUGAAGAAAGGCAUGACUCAGGCUUUGAUGAUAAACUACUCCCAACAGUCGAGCCACAGCCACCCAAGCUGGCGAUCGCGCAGCUCGAUGGAGCAUACGACAGCCCUAGGAAGCCGCGAAAACGCAAGGCAAGCCCUGCCUCUUCUCAUCGAUCUACAUGGCGAAAGAGUACUCCUACCAAUCAGGAAAGUCAAGAGUACAAGCCCAGCAAGAAGAAGAGGAAGGCAGACACUACAGUUGGCGAAUUACUCAGUUCUGGGAGACGGACGUCCAGUCGUCUAGCGUCAAAGACGAGCAUAUUUUCGGAUCCAGACGCAAACCUCCACUACUUCGAGGAGGCACUGGGCGUCUCCCAAGUCCCCGCACCAAAGCCGCCUGCAAGUCGCAAGGUGCCUACCCUCGAAAUUAAAGACUCUGUGGAUGACGGUGAAGAUGACGAGGCAGACCCAAUUCGAGUUUCCGAGGAUCGAUCGAAGUUAGAGACACCCAAGAAAAGUCGGGAGCCGAUAAUACUGUCGAGCCAAUCUCCUGAAAGUCUGCCUCCAAGCACACGCCGUACGGAUCGAAGAUCCACUGCCACACCAGCACCACAACGGACGCCGCUGGCUGCAAGGUCGGUCAAUGUUCUGCUACAGCCCUCGCCCAGGAGGUCAACUGGAAAGUUACGCCGCACGGCUAAGCGCUCUCCCAUCAAAAGCAAGGUCGUCGUCUUCAAACUGCCCAAGCGCAGUCAAGGUAAACGUGUCACCCGCAUUGAGGAUUCCGAAGCCAAUCUGUGGUCGAUCCCCUCAUCUUCGCCUCGACUGCAGCGCUCCGUAGGAGAGCCUCCUAAGCAAGCGCCUGCAUUGACUUCAAUAACUUCGAACGAGGCAGAGAUUCCAGCAUCCAGCCAGAUACAACCUAUGCAGUCAAGUCCACCUAUGUCGUCAGGAGAUAGUUUACCCGAUCUCGCAGCCCUCGUGGGGAGCAAAGCGUUGGGCACAAAGGCUGAUGUUGAGCUGGUAGUCAGCAAUCCUUCUUCAGACAUCCCACGGAACGAAGAGUCGCCAAUCUUGGUCCGGGACUUCGCACAUGUUCCACCAGCUACUGGCAAGAAUGAAGUAAGAGAGGUCGAAGACCGAGAAAAAGUCACUCUUGCUCAUAACGUGCCUGCUACAAGAGAUCCUGUUGUGGAGCAAGAAAUCGAAGUUGAGGGUGAAGAGCUGGAUUUUGGCCCACCCAUUGCCAACGAUACACAGUUCAACAACCACGUACAGCAUCGGGUGUCAUCUCCAUCUCCACAGGCCACACGAACACCAUUCAAAAUUGACCAGGGUAUAAUCAGUGCAGCAGCGCUAUCACCGUCGUCACCAACACCACGGGCCAGACCUGCCACACAGGGAAAAGAAGAAGUGGUGAUGGUGUCAAGCUCUGAUGAAGAGCCACUCCAGACACCGCUUCCACUACCCAGACUGGUCGAGUCACCGAAUGCCAGAAACGCGGGUGAUCCAAUGGACUCAGACUCUGACGACGAUGAGAUCACCCUUCCGAAGCCCCCUUUGCUUCAUCAGUCAAGCACUCACAUCUCGACGACGCAAGUGCCCUUGAACGAUGUACCCAAAUUCUCAUCGUCGUCUUCGCUUGCUGCAACGAAAGCUGUCACACAGAAAAGUAUGCAUCCAGCUUCCAUGCCCCAUCCCUCGCAGAUGUCCACUCAAGAGGCAACACAAGCUCUUCUUAACAUGUCGUCGUACCCUCAGCCGCGGUUGGAAACGCAAUUACAGGCAAGACAAGACAGAAUCACAAUUAAAGAUUCCAGUUCGUACCGUGUUCAUAUAAGCCAACUGCCUCAAUAUGCCGGUGACGAUCAAUCACAGCCGAAUAUGGACGAGGUACUCGACUCAGAAGAGGAAGGAGAUCUCGACCUUGAUCCACCUUCGACAGCACCACAGCCUGGGCUAGUUUCUCUGGAUGACCGUGAGCUGCCGACUCCAGUGCCACCAGCAUCGAAGGACGAGGUCACCGAAGGCUAUCAGGCAGAAAUCGCACACAUCUCUCCUGAAAAAGGCCUGUCGGAUGUUCGUGAUGCGGAUUGCACGGAGACACCGAUCCAUUCGUCACAAGAGAUAUUCAUCCCAUCGUCGCCCAAUCCGCCGCCUUUGCGGGAACAAUACUCGCCCAUUCCAGGCUUUGACAAUGACACCCAGUCGAACUUUACACAGAAUGGACAUGUCACUGCGGCAUACAUUCAUCGACAACGCGAGGCCGGUGUGAUGCCGACGUGGUAUGUGCCACAGCCUUAUCAAGUGCCGGGGUAUACAAGAAGAAAGUGACAUCCCACUUUUGUCAUGAUGUAUGGUUAUGCCUGUUUCUGGUGGCGUGAGGCAAUGGUAGGGCUAUUCGAGAAUGUCCUUGUGGAUAGGGCA